GGAGCUCGGAGAGACAAGAGAGAGAACCAGAGGCGGCUUCUCCCCUCCCGCAUCUCCCUGAUCUCCUCGCGUCGCGCCCUCCCCUCGAAUGGCGAUACCUCCUCCACCCUCGCGCCCCAAUCCCUAACCCUAGAUCCCUCCUCCCACGCUCUCUCGCGCACGACCAAUCUCCCUCUUCCUUCCUGUCUCUCUCCUUCUCGCACUGCUCAAUCUCCCAAUUCAUUAUGGAGGCGGGGGCGGGGAGCAGCAGCGCCAAGCUGGUGGCGGCAUGCGUCAUCGGCGGGAUCGUGCUGGGGGCGUCCGUGGUCGCGCUCCACCUCGCCGGGCCCGUCGCCAUUCCCGCCCUGCCGCCCGUCGACGCGCUCCGCCGCAGGUUCCGCCGCGGACGCCGACGUCCCGUGCGCGUCUACAUGGAUGGCUGCUUCGACAUGAUGCACUACGGCCACUGCAACGCGCUGCGCCAGGCGCACGCCCUCGGGGACGAGCUCAUCGUCGGCGUUGUCAGCGACGACGAGAUCACCGCCAACAAGGGCCCGCCCGUCACGCCGCUCCACGAGAGGUUGAUAAUGGUCCGUGCUGUAAAAUGGGUGCACGAUGUCAUUCCAGAUGCACCUUACGCCAUAACUGAAGAUUUUAUGAAUAAAUUAUUCAAUGAGUAUAAUAUAGAUUAUAUCAUUCAUGGCGAUGAUCCUUGUCUGCUCCCAGAUGGUACUGAUGCAUAUGCUCUUGCCAAAAAGGUUGGUCGAUAUAAGCAGAUUAAAAGAACCGAAGGAGUGUCAACGACAGACAUUGUUGGAAGAAUGCUUCUUUGUGUUAGAGAGAGAUCAGCUUCUGAUAGUCACAACCACUCUUCACUACAAAGGCAGUUCAGUCACGGGCAUGGCCAGAAAAUUGAUGAUAGUGGAUCUGGAAGUGGAACUAGGAUAUCUCAUUUUCUUCCUACAUCUCGGAGAAUAGUUCAGUUCUCAAAUAGCAGGGGUCCAGGUCCAGAUUCUCGGAUAGUGUACAUAGAUGGUGCAUUUGAUCUAUUCCAUGCUGGACAUGUUGAGAUAUUGCGCCUCGCUCGAGAGCUUGGAGAUUUCCUGCUUGUGGGUAUUCACACAGACCAGACUAUAAGUUCAACAAGAGGACCACAUCGCCCAAUCAUGAACCUCCAUGAGAGAAGUUUGAGUGUUUUGGCUUGCCGUUAUGUUGAUGAAGUGAUCAUUGGUGCUCCAUGGGAUGUUUCGAAAGAUAUGAUUACCACAUUUAAUAUUUCGUUGGUUGUUCAUGGGACAAUUGCUGAGAAUAUGGACUUUAUGAAGGAUGAUUUAAAUCCAUAUGCUGUUCCAAGGGCUAUGGGCAUCUACCGUAGGCUGGAGAGCCCUUUAGACAUCACUACUAGUACUAUCAUAAGGAGGAUAGUUGCUAACCAUGAAGCCUACCAGAAACGGAACGAGAAGAAAGAAGCCAGUGAGAAGAAGUACUACGACAGUAAAAGCUUUGUCAAUGGAGAGUAACUUAGGAACAGGUCUUGCAUUAAUGCUAUUGCCCAGAAGUUUAGUUCACAACCUUCUGGCACAAAUGCAGCGGUUAGAUGAUCCACAAUUUUACAGUCUUGUGGUAACUAUUCUCAUGUUGCUGAUAUAGCUCAGGAAACUUCAGAUGCUGAUGAUGGUGCUGACUUGGGUGAUGCUGGAGACCCUAUUUUCCUGUAUAUGGGGCUUUGUGGCUGCCAAUACCAGCUGUGUUAUUUUGAGAUGGGUAGUUUUUUUUUUGUUCAGGAUUGUUGUAGAGUAUGAAUGUUAAGCUUGAUUAACUAUUCCUGAUGCUUUAUUUCGGAGUUGCCAAGUAUAUGUGGCAUCAUCUUAUGAGAGUCUGUCAUGUGGGGAAUGCACUACGUCCGCAGGCGCAAGGAUCAGCGACAACAGCAAAACGGCAAACAGUAGAUAUGCAGGAUUUGUUUUCGUUUGUUUCAGAGUCUGUUAAAGUUUGUUAGUUUGAUCUUUAUCUCUAAGAGUUUGUUAGAUGGCAUUGUAAUCUUUACUUAAAGGGCCAGUAUGGCGCAUGGAAUAAACAAGCAAUCAGAAAACCAAUCUAUUGCUCCUUUCCUGCCUUGCUAGUGUGGCGCCGAUCACGGCACCUCCACGCCGGCGAGGUCCAGGACCACGCCCGGUUACUUCGUUCAAAUACUCCCUUCGCCGUAACCCUCCUUCCAAUCUCCUAGCCCGUGACAACUUGGUAUCAGAUUCCUCUGGUUCCGAUCCAAUGGCCUCUACUCAGAAUCAACUCGACGAAAUCGCGAAGAACCUCACCUCCAUGGCGGCGCAAAUCUCCGAUCUCGCCAGGAAGAUGAGCACCUUGGAGCCCCUCGUGCCGCUCGCGGCAAAACUCGACAAGCUGUCUGAUCGCGUCACGCAGGUGCAGGCGUCCGCCUUCGAGUACUCGGAGCAAGUCCGCGCUCUCAACCUCGCCGUCGAGCGCGUCGAGGCUUCCCAGCGCGCGGCCACGACGAACCCUUCUGGCUCGGUCUCGCGUCAGCCACGCGACAACACACCGCCACAAGAUGACGCUGACGCACGCUCGCGACGCGACCGACACGGCGACGACACCGCAAUCGACAACAGCUUCCUUCCUCGUGCCAAACUCGAGUUCCCGACGUACGACGGCAAGGGCGACCCGCUGCCAUGGCUGAACCGCUGCGAGACCUUCCGCGGACAGAAAACGCCGGAGACACGCAAGGUGUGGUAUGCCUCAUUGCAUCUAAUCGGGGACGCCCAGUUGUGGUAUUACAGGAUUGAGCUCAAUUCCGGCGAACCGUCGUGGCGGAGGUUCGUCCAGUUGGUGCACACUCGUUUCGGGCCACCCAUGACGGACAGCCCGCUAGGCGAGCUCACGGCCCUGCGUCGCACUGGCACGGUGGAGGACUACGUCAACAGUUUCCUCGCCUUGGCGUGCCGCGACGUCGAGCUAUCCGAGUCCCAGCAGGUUCAGCUCUUCACGGCUGGCCUCGUCAACCCGCUCAAGACUGAUGUCGCCCUCUGCCGCCCGCGAUCGCUGGACGACGCCAUUAUGCUGGCACGCGCGUACGAGCAGCGCGCCACCCUUGGCCCGACUGAUCCAUCCGCGCCGCGCACGGGACGAGUGCCGCGGCCUUCACUGCCGGCGUCGUCGGCCGCAUCCGCAUCUGCAUCGACCACUUCGGCCGAUGUUGCCGCAUCGACCGCUGCUGGCAAGCAGCCCCUGGUGUCGGCUCUGCCCCGCAAGCGACUUUCUCCAGCCGAGAUGGCCCAACGACGCUCCGAAGGGCUAUGCUACAAUUGCGACGAGAAGUACGUCGCAGGCCACCGGUGCAAGAAGUCGUUCGUGAUCGAGGUUAUCAGUUUCCCGGAAGACACCGAGGACGAGGAGGACUCCACGCCAGAAGCACACGCCAUCACCCUCGACGAGCCGAGCAUCUCCCUCCACGCCCUGGCUAGUAUCUCUGCUCCUAAGUUCAAUACUAUCAAGGUGUGGGCUCGUCUCGGCUCGCAGGAACUCGUCGCCCUCCUCGACUCCGGCUCAACACACAACUUCAUCAACGAUGCCAUCGCGCACCAGGCUGGCGUCCCUCUACAGCGCCGCCCCGGCCUCAGCGUAGCCGUGGCCAAUGGAGAUCGCGUGCCGUCGCCAGGCAGGUGCCCGCCACAGCGCGUCUCCAUCGGCUCGCACGAGUUCGACAUCGACUUCUAUGCACUCCCGCUUGGCGGCUACGACAUUGUGCUAGGUGCACAGUGGCUCGGCACCCUCGGACCGACGCUAUGGGAUUUUUCUCGACAAUCCCUCGCCUUCGGACCCGCCCACGACCGCGUCACGUGGACAAGUAUCGACGCUGCACCGGCGCCCGCCCAUGCUGCCGCCAUCGACGGUCAGCCGGGCGACCUCAUGACCGAUCUGCUCGACGUCUUCAAAGACCUCUUCACCGAGCCGCACGGACUAUCGCCAGAACGCCAUCUCUGCCACCGCAUACGACUGGAGGCAGGGGUAUCGGCUGUUGCGGUGGGCCCGUAUCGGUACGCGCACAUCCAGAAAGAUGAGCUCGAGCGACAGUGCGACGAUAUGCUCCGCCACGGCGUCAUCCGACCCAGCUCGUCGGCAUUCUCGUCCCCGGCUUUGCUGAUCAAGAAGCGCGACGGCUCCUGGCGCUUCUGCGUCGACUACCGCGCCCUCAACGACAAGACCAUCAAGGAUAAGUUCCCGAUCCCGGUCGCCGAGGAACUCUUCGACGAGCUGCGCGGCGCCAAAUUCUUCACCAAGUUGGAUAUGCGUUCCGGCUACCACCAAGUGCUGAUGCAUCCGGACGACGUGCACAAGACGGCGUUCCGCACCCACCAAGGCCUCUUUGAGUUCUUGGUGAUGCCCUUCGGACUCACGAACGCGCCGGCGACAUUCCAAGCCUUGAUGAACGACGUGCUGCUUCCGUUCCUCCGCCGGUUCGUGCUCGUCUUCUUCGAUGAUAUUCUAAUAUACAGCUCGUCUUGGUCGGAGCACCUCCGCCAUGUACGCACGGUGUUGCAAACGCUGCAGGAUCAUUGCCUCCACCUCAAGCGCUCCAAGUGUGAGUUCGGCCUCACCUCCGUCGCAUACCUGGGGCAUGUCCUCUCCAGGGACGGUGUGGCGAUGGACCGUAGCAAGGUCCAGGCUGUGCUGGACUGGCCGGUGCCCAAGACGGUGCGCGCUGUUCGGGGCUUCUUGGGCCUCGCCGGCUACUACCGCCGCUUCAUCCGCGACUUCGGCGCUAUCGCCGCGCCACUGACGGCGCUCCUCCGUAAAGAGGGGUUCCGUUGGUCCGACGAGGCGGCAGCGGCAUUCCGCAAGCUGCAACACGCUUUGACGGCGGCGCCAGUCCUUCAACUUCCGGAUUUCAACCGCGACUUCAUCGUCGAAUGCGACGCGUCGGGUACGGGCCUUGGCGCCGUGCUCCACCAGGGCGGCGGUCCAGUCGCGUUCUUCAGCACGCCCAUCGCCCCCCGUCACGCCAAGCUAGCCGCCUACGAGCGCGAAUUGAUCGGCCUCGUCAAGGCGGUCCGUCACUGGUGACCGUACCUCUGGGGCCGCCGCUUCAUCAUUCGCACGGACCAUUAUAGCUUGCGGUUCCUGCUCGACCAACGCCUCUCGACCAUUCCGCAGCAUCAUUGGGCGAGCAAGCUGCUGGGAUUCGAUUUUGCCGUCGAGUACAAGCCUGGAACGGCCAAUGUCGUCGCCGACGCCCUAUCUCGCCGCGACGAACACUUGGCGGAAGCGUUUGUUCUAUCGGCGCCGCACUUCUCGCUGCUCGACGACGUUCGCCGCGAGGUUGCCUCUACUCCAGCCCUGGCAAGCCUUCGCGACGACAUCAUUCGCGGCGCUAAACCCCCGCCGUGGGCAUUCAAAGAUGGACUGAUCGUAUUCAAGGAUCGGGUGUUUAUCCCGGAGUCCUUUUCUCAUAUAUUUUGGUACACUUCUGUUAUGAUCUGGAACUGAGCAACUGAUAUUUGUGUGGGUCGGUGACAGCAACUGUGUCUGGAAUCUGGAUGUUUUUUCAAGGCUGGGUUGGUGACACGUUGGGAUCUUUAUUAUGAUACACAUUGAUGUGUGAAUCACUGGACCUUGACAAAAUGGUUGCAAGGAGCGGCUGGCUGCCAAAUGGUCGCAGUCUGCUGGUUCAGUGUGGUACACGCUAAUCGCCAUGGAAAGGUAUGUGCUACCUGUGAUCUCUAAACAGUAGCACACUGAUGAGCAGCCGGGGCACGAGGCUCUGGGGCAGCCUGUGCCUGCUCUCCUGUAAGCAACUUACACUGUUUCUGGCCGCUGAUUACUUGAUUUGCCUGCCAAUAUAUAUUGGCCUGGUUUGGCUUGGCUUUGAUUUUGGACUGUGACACCUGUCUAGUAGCUUUUGUGUGUUUAUCACUCUAUCUUGCUCACAUGUGAAUGGACCUGCAGAGCUAUGGUAAAUAGAACAGUACUACGUGUUAUGAACACGCGUGACUUGAUGGACUCGAGUGUCUGUUCUGUUUGGUACACCAUUUCAUUUUUUUUCUUGGAGGAGACAUGCACUUUCUAGUCCCAGUUGUACAGAGUUUAGGUUUUAUCCUUUGCAGUUACUGCUAAAGAUGAGAUCCAGUCUGUUUUCAUAUGUUCCAAGCUGUGUAGCUGAGAAUGUAGCUUGGCCCUGUGAUGAAUUGGAAUUUUGGAAUA